AUCGUUCGCAGAUCACUCACAAUAACAUCCAUCUUUCAUUUUUCAUUGGCGCACUGAGAAAAAGAAAUGGCAUCUCAUGCAGUUUCUAGCGGACAAAAACCACACGUAGUUUGCGUGCCUUUCCCAGCUCAAGGCCACAUCAACCCGAUGCUGAAAGCGGCUAAACUCCUCCACGCCAAAGGCUUCCACGUCACCUUCGUAAACAACGUAUACAACCACAACCGCCUCCUCCGGUCACGUGGGCCCAACGAGCUCGAAGGUGUUCCUUCGUUCCGGUUCGAGUCUAUCCCUGACGGUCUACAGGAGACCGAUGGGGAUACGAUGCAGGAUGUCCCUUCUCUUUGCGACUCCACCAUGAAGAACUGUCUAGCUCCGUUCAAGGAACUUCUUCAGCGGAUCAACGCUCGUGAUGAUGUUCCUCCGGUGACAUGUAUUGUAUCAGACGGUUUGAUGACUUUCACUCUUGACGCUGCGGAGGAGAUCGGUGUCCCUAAUGUUAUUUUCUGGACCACAAGUGCUUGUGGCUUCUUGGCUUAUCUAUACUUCGAAAGUAUCGUCCAAAAGGGGUUAUCUCCAAUAAAAGAUGAGAAUUGUUUAGACACAGAAAUAGAUUGGAUCCCAACGAUGAAAAAUCUAAGACUAAAGGACAUCCCAAGCUUCAUCCGUGCGACUACUCGUGACGACAUACUGCUUAAUUUUUUUCUACGUGAGGUUGACCGAGUCAAACGUGCUUCUGCUAUCAUUCUCAACACAUACGAUGAUCUCGAGCGUGACACCAUACAAGCUAUACAAUCUAUCACACCUCCGGUGUACUCUAUUGGACCGCUCCAUCUACUAGUGGACCGGGAUAUCGAUAACGAUAGCGAGAUCGGACGCAUGGGGUCGAAUCUUUGGAGAGAAGAUACAACGUGUGUGGACUGGCUCGAUACCAAGCCUCGAAACAGCGUUGUUUACGUUAACUUUGGCAGCAUAACCGUGAUGAGCGCGAAACAGCUCGUGGAGUUCGCUUGGGGCUUAGCAGCAACAGGGAAAGAUUUCUUGUGGGUGAUCAGACCGGACUUAGUUGCUGGCGAACUAGCUGUUGUUCCGACAGAGUUUUUGACGGAGACGGCGGACAGGAGGAUGAUAGUGAGUUGGUGUCCUCAGGAGAGAGUUCUGUCUCAUCCGGCGGUAGGAGGGUUCUUAACGCAUAGCGGAUGGAACUCGACUCUGGAGAGUCUAUGCCGUGGAGUUCCGAUGGUGUGUUGGCCGUUCUUUGCGGAGCAACAAACGAACUGUAAGUUUUGUCGUGACGAGUGGGAGGUGGGGAUGGAGAUCGGUGGAGAUGUGAGGAGGGAGGAGGUUGACGCGGUGGUUAGAGAGCUGAUGGAUGGAGAGAAAGGAAAGAAAAUGAGGGAGAAGGCGGAAAAGUGGCGGUGCUUGGCGGAGGGAGCAACUGAGCCUAAGCGUGGUUCGUCGGAGUUAAAUUUUCAGAUGUUUGUUGACAAGGUUCUCUUAGGGCGUGGCUAGAGCGAGCCACCGAGUAGCCUUUCAUUUAAAUCGAAGGAAGAUUUGGUUUAAUUUCUUCUACAGGUUCUUGUCAACUAAGCUUGACAGUUAUGUAAUACUUAUCUAGAAAUAAUAUGGCCUUGGUCAUUUGCUGUAUUAGCUUUUGUAAUAACAUCUGUAAUAAGAUAUGAUUAUUGUUUAUAAAUUUUAUUUUUAUAUUAAAA